AAAAGUUAGAGUGAAAAAGGUAAUAUUUAAUGUGAAAUACUUCGAGAUGCAAACAACAAUAACAACAAAAAAUAUGUGAAAAUCAGCGUCAGUAACGAAGCGCAAGAUAUUUUAACGGUUUGUUGUGCUCUAAAUUAUUGUCUCUAGAAGAAGUAAAAAUAUUUGAUGUGGCCACUUGAUAUGAAUAACUAGUGGGUUUAUUCCGAGGAAUUAUUGUGGUUGGUUUUUGUCUGAGAUAUUUGUUUAUUUAUCUUUGCUUUUGACAUUUAACACAAUCUUACUAAAACACGCGUUUAUGCAAAUUUUAGUAAAUAAAUACUCACUUAGUAAACAAAAAGGGUAUACUUUAUUAUUAAAUUAAAAAUGGCCACAACAGAUGAGAAGGUGGAUGCUAAACCAAAUAUAUUGAUAACAGGAACACCAGGUGCGGGAAAGUCAUACCUGUGUGAAAGAUUAUCCGAUCAAUUAAAAUUAAAGUGGUUGGAUUGCUCUAAAGUUGCUAAGGAAAACAAUUUUGUGGAAGAGUAUGAUGAUGAGUACGAUUGUCCCAUUCUUGAUGAAGACAAGCUAAUGGACUACAUGGAGCCAUUUAUGCAACAAGGUGGAAAUAUAGUUGAAUAUCAUGGAUGCGACUUCUUCCCCGAACGAUGGUUUGAAGCGGUUUUUGUGGUCACAUGUUCCAAUACUAUACUCUUUGAUCGUCUGAAGGAACGUGGAUACAAUGAAAAGAAACUAAAAUCAAAUCUUGAAUGUGAAAUAUUUGGAACAGUGCUAGAAGAGGCACGUGAUUCAUAUAAACCAGAUAUUGUUGCCGAAUUAAAAGGUGAUACCAAACUAGAUGCUGAACAAAGCUUGAAAACCAUAAAAAAUUGGUACCGAGCAUGGAAGCGAAAAUAAGGCAUCAUUGUACUUUCAAAAUUAUCUCUUAUAGUGAAUUGAAAUUAAAAAUUCGUGAAUACAAAAAAAAAGCAAGAAUAAUUUGAAGUGUAUUUUUUGUAUAUAGGUUGUAAAUAAAGAUAUACAUUUUUGUAUCGAGACUAUAUGUGAUACAUAAAAUA